AUGGACGGGGACGCGCCCGCCUCCGCCGUGCUCAAGAAGGGCCACGGCGUGCCCGACGCGGAGGCAGCAGCCGGGGGCGGAGACGGCGCCGGCAGCAAGGAGGACGGCGGCGGCGGCGGUGGCGGCGGCUGCUGCUCGUGUUGCUGCUGUUGCUGCUGCUGCAAGCCACGAGCAGGGGCGGAGGCGAGCAGCGAAGGCAGCGCGGGCUGGUGGCGGCCCACAAUGCUGCUGCUGCUGUUGGUGCUGCUGCUCGUCAUCUUCGUCCUCAUCUCGGGCAUCCUGCUCUACUACAACUAUAUCACCUACAGACCCAGACUACCACUGACAGAUGAUUUCAGCUACGAUAUACCUCCAAUUCCUACAGAAGAGCCAUGCGAGGAGGCGCCUUGCUGGUGGGGCGCGGAGUGUGAGUCGGUGGAGGGCCGCCCCCUCUGCCGGUGCCUCGAAGACUGCCCGCCGCCGCCCCCCGCGGCCGCCCCCGACGCCGCCGCCGACGCCGUCGUCUGCGGCAGCGAUGGCGCCACGUACGCCAGCGAGUGCCAUCUGCGCGCCAAGGCGUGCGCAAACCGCGACGAGACGCGCGUCAGCCACCCCGGCCCUUGCGGUAAGUUGCGUGCCUGA